GCGGCGGCUGGCUGCCUAACCAUGUAGGAAGGCUGAAUUUUCCGUGCUAUGGAGAAAGUGGUCCCGGCGCCCUCCUUUGAGAGUCCCCGAGAGCCGCCCGCCGAGGACUGUGAUGCAUGUGGGGACAGUAACUCGACAGGGAAUGGUGGCGGCUCGUCUCCUGCGUCUGUUUCUUGGAGCUCCGAUGACUUUGAACCUGAAUGGCUGGAAAGUGUACAGAAAAAUGGAGAAUUGUUCUACCUAGAACUAAGUGAAGAUGAAGAAGAAGCCAUCCUUCAAGACAGUUCUGUGGAUGUGCCUGUGGUGAACCAUGUCAGGUUUUGUGAAAAUGAACCUGAGGUUAUUCAUGAGAUAUCUCGAAAACAUAGACAAAAUGAGCGCAAAUUGGAAAAACUCACUAAAAUGUUAAAAAAUAAAAAUCUUAUAUCAAAACAGUCUUUAAAGAAGAAAGCAACUGGUAAACGUGAUGUACGAGCUUCUGGUCCAGCAUCCAUCUUGAAGCACCAUUCCAGUCAUAAGGUGGGAGUUGUCGUCCAAAAACAGUACAAAGAUGUUUAUAUUUACAUAAAUCCAACGAGGCAAUCAAAUGCCGAGACAGGAGAACAGCUCAAGCUUUUGGAGUCAUUAAUAGGAAUUGCCCAUCAGUCUCCAUGGCGAAAAGCUGAAAAACACAGACACAGUACUGAGUCCAGAAAUGCUGAAGAAGAGAAACUUGUUGUGCAUGGCUUGAUUCCAGGCAGCUCAGCAAUAAGGUCUGGUGAAAUCUUGAUUGGAGAUGUUCUUGUUGCGGUCAAUGAUGUUGAAGUCAAUUCUGAAAAUAUAGAAAGGGUUUUAUCUUGCAUUCCAAGUCCUAUGCAGGUGAAACUUACAUUUGAACCAUCAAUCUUUGAGCUGGAAGGAACAUCCCAGCAGAGGUGUAAGCCACCACAAUCCUCUAUGAAUAACCUGCUCAAAUUGCUAUGGAAAGACCACGACAAUGACCCACAGUUCUCUAUCCGAAGUAUACCUCAUAUUAUUAUGUACCUCUCACUCAGAUUGGACUCUGAUACCUCUAAGGAUGAGCAAGAAAUCCUUUACCAAUACCCCAUAUCAGAAGCUUCCCAAAAAAUGAAAAGUGUAAGAGGAAUAUUUCUAACGUUGUGUGACAUACUGGAAAAUGUGACAGGAGCUCAUAUAAUCAGUUCAUCUAUGUUUCUGUGUGGGAAAUUAAUUCAUGUGGCUUACUGGAAGGAAUCUGACAAGCUCCUUGUAAUUGGCCUCCCAGCUGAAAGUGUACCUCUUUCUCAGCUAAGGAACAUGACUGCAGAUGUUGUCCGAAUGUUAACGUUCAUGUAUGGUUCUCUUGACAGUGCUUUUUGUCAGGUGGAAAACAUUUCGAGGAUGGAUCACUUUUUCUGCCUGUUCUUCCAUCAAGCACUUCAACCUGCCGGGCUCCACUCAAGGAUCAGCCCUGGUUCCCAUCACUAUGAUGCAUGCAGUGCAUUAUUUUUAUACAACUUCCCUGGAGUACAUUGGCUGUCACUGCCGCAAGAAAUCAAGGUGGAAAUUGAUACAGCUCUGAGUGACUUGGAGGCGGGAGACUUUGCAGAACUGUCUGAAGAUUUCUAUGACAUGAGACGACUGUACACCAUUUUAGGCUCGUGCCUCUUCUACAAGGGCUAUUUGAUCAGUAACCAUUUGCCGAAGGAGGACCUUACUGAUAUUGCUUUAUAUAGCAGGCAUUAUUGCCUCUUACCCUUGGCAGCAGAGCAACGAAUUAGUCAAUUAGUAAUAUGGCGAGAAGUGUUUCCUCAGCACCAUCUUCAGUCAAGUAAAAAUUCGUGUGAUGGAUACAGAGAACCCGAAGCAAGAUACUUUUUACUUAUAAUCGGCUUGAAGCACUUUAUGCUGAGCGUCUUGCUAGAGGCAGGAGGCUGUUCUUCUAAAGCCAUUGGAAAACCUGGGCCAGACUCCAUCUAUGUGGAUCAAGUCAAAGCAACAAUCCUUCAACUGGAGGGAAUAGAUCUCAGCAUAGACGAGAUAUUAGAAUCACCCUCUGCUCCACUGGUGUCCUCUGUGGACUGGUUCCUCCCCUCAUCACGUGACAAACUGGAAAGCCUGGCCCCUUUGCCUCUCCUCAGCAAAUGGCAAAAUCCCUCACAUUCUGUGAUUUCACCAGCAAGCAAAAAAAUGCUUUUUGGUGAUUCUACCUUAAGAACACGUUUUACGAGUCCCUUACAGGGUAGUGGAGGAUCCAGCAAUGACGGUGACAAUCCUGAAGGAGGAAGAGGGAAUGUUAAUCUGCAUGCUGCACAAUCAAAAAGUCCUGGUGGAUUUGACAAAAGCAGUAGUCUUUUCAAGAUCACUAAAAAGAAAAAUAUUCUUCCAGGUCCAUUUAAUUUAGGAAGCCUGAAAAAGAACCUUUCAGUUAAGGAGACUGAAUUGUACAACGUUAUGAAGUUGACAUCUGGUCCUGAGAACACCCUAUUCCACUAUAUUUCUCUAGAAACAAUGCAUGGAAUUUUUAUCACUCCAACACAUACCGAAGUAGCGCAGCUUGGUGGAACUAUCCAUCCCCAGCUAAUCAAGAACUUUCAUCGCUGUUGUCUUUCCAUCCGUUCCCUUUUUCAGAAAACCAUGAUGAGAGAAACUAAAAAGACUGCAGGUACUAGGAGAAGUUUAGAAUCCAAAAAACCAAAUUCUGGACUACAUCAAGUAAGAGAACAUGGAGUGUUGUUUGAAUGUUCACCUGACAAGUGGACUGACCAAAAGAAACCAACACCACCUGUAAUGUACUGGGUUAUAGGGAGACUCUUUCUAGAUCCAAAGCCCCGGGAGUUUUAUGUCUGUUUUCAUGACUCUGUCACAGAGGUUGCUGUUGAGCUGGCUUUUAAGCUAUCCUUUGGCUUAGCUCUGUAAUAGUGUUCAUCCAUACAACUGUCAUAAGCAGAACUGGAAACCUCCCAAGGCACUGGAGGUGCACAGAUACAAGUUUAUAGGAGUAAGCUGGGUGCUUGCUUUUUGAAGCUUUUCUCUGAAAUAAACUUCCCUGGGGGUAAAAAUAUUUCAGGUCUUUACAUUAUUAACACCUGGAUGUUUCAGCAGUCACCUUCUCAAAAUGAUGCUUUAAAAAUCAGUCAGAGGUAUUUAUCUCAAUUGUAUCAUAACUAUAUAGUGACAAAUUGUACACAUGAGGGCUGAGUUCAAGAACAGUAUACGUCCAUUACCCCUAUGCAUUCCCGCGUAUGUCUUCAAAUUUUCUUUUUGGAAGGUGCUCCUCUAGACCAUGCAAGUUUAGUUUAAACUGUCUGCCAAGUUCAAAAAGCCAUUUGUGGACACUGGGAUGAUUUCUAAAAAUGAACCACCACAGAAAACUCAGUUGUGAGCUUGUCUGGACUUCAAUCAAGGGAGUAUAUUGUAAGACUGAACAGAUUAUGUUGUGUAGAAGGCACUCUGUUUGACAUAUUUGGAGUUAUUUUCCCUGACUUUACGGAUUGAAAAAGGGCAAGAGCUACCUUGCAUUAAAGGGCUAUUAUAACAAUUGUAAUAACAAUUUUUUAAAAUAAAUAAAAUGAAAUGAAAAAAAUAAAAAUUGUUUUAAAGUAAAAUUGAUAUUUUUGCAAAUACUCUGUGUUAGACAAAUAUGAGGAUGAGUUU